AUGGAGGAGCAAGGGGGCCAAGGGGUGAGAAGAGCAGACUUUGCCUUCUCCCCCGCUCUGUCCGGCUGUGGCCCCGCAGCAGAGGAAGCUGUGGUGGUGGCGGUGGCGGCGGCGGCGGCAGCAGCGACCAGAGCGAGCAGUCGCCGAGCUGCCUACGGGAGGAGGCGGGAGUCGGGAAGGAGGGGAGCCGAGGCCCGGAGUGGGGAGGCCGGCAGGAAGGGCCGCGAGCCCAGUGCGGACCUUUCUUCAGUCUCCCUGCGGCCGGCGGUGCGCUCGGCUGCUGCACCGGGAGGACACCCUGACUCCUCCGACCCCGGCUCCGAUGGAGCAGAAAUAGCGGGGCCCGGACAGCUGGCGCGCCUGGAGCCUGCUUGCCCCGUCGCGGGCGCUGCGAGCCUCCCGGCGCCGGAUCCUGCCGUGAGAAAGGGCUGGGGAGGGGACCCCGACGGGGAACGGCCGGGGAAGAUCUCUGAGCCGCGAGCCUGUGCGGGGGUCGGGGGCGUUCGCUGUGUAGAGACCUUCCGCUCUUCACUUGGACAGCCACGCAUUCGUCGCGAAGUUCUCCGAAUUCCCCUUGCGAGAAGGGGAAAGUUGGAGAACUGGAAGCUGGUUUCCCUGACUGCGGGGACUGAAGCGCGUCACAUAUUCUCCGCUGCGGGCGCCGCCCGCGCGUCCUGCCAGAACCGGGACUUAGCCCAGGGCUGGGUUGCCCGGUCAAAGGCGACUCUAGGGGCACUAGGGUCAGGAGCUUCACUUUUCCUCGGUAGGAGAAGCGUGAAGACUAAGGCUACGGGGGUGGCGGCUGCCGUGAGCAACCUCCGCAGAGAAAUAGCCGGUUUACCCGCGACCUGCGGCCGAGGGAAGGCAGGGGCACGCCCCCGCCCGGGAAAGCCACCACAGCCAGACUCGUACCUCGGGAAGAAAUCUUAACACGACCUGGCCCAACACGCCCCAACGACAGAGAAAGGACAGAAGGCUCCGAGGGGGGAAAUAGCGCCCAGUCAGAGCAGGAACUCAGCUCGCUGGCCCCGACCCGUUCUCCUGUCCCUUCACCAAGUUUGCGGCCAGGAGGCGCCUGGAAGAGGGGGUGGGGGAAGAUGCCGGAGCGCUGCUGAGUUUCACUCGAAUGCUAACUUGGUAAGCCGUUCCUGGAUCUUCUUCCUGCUACCAACACAACUCUCCUUUAUAUCUCC